CCCGGCCAUCCUAUGUCUGCAACAUUUCUGGAAAUAUCCUCCCAAAAUUAUCAAUCAACAUUCAAACACUAGCCGUAUUGUGUUUUGUGGAUUGUCGUUUUAUCACUCACUUGUACACACACUGUCUCCCUGGAGCUAGGGAUCUAGCUGUUCUCAUGUCCAAACAGACCUACCGAGUGUGCUUCUGUUUCCGGCGGCGGUUCCAUGAGACCGUAUCGGAAGCGCCGGACGCGAUCAAGUCUUUGUUUGACCAGUACUCGGAGAAUGGCACCAUGACCGUUGAUCAUCUCCAACGCUUCUUGAUUGAGGUCCAGCAAGAAGCUAACGCCACCAAGGAGGACGCCCAAGCUAUUUUUGAUAGCUUACGUCACCUCAAACAUUUGAAUAUUUUUCAUCGAAAGGGCUUCAAUCUUGAAGCUUUCUUUAAGUACCUCUUCGGUGAUGUUAAUCCUCCGCUCUCUCCUUCAAUUGGGGUGCACCAUGAUAUGACUGCCCCUUUGUCUCAUUACUUCAUAUAUACUGGCCACAAUUCAUAUUUAACCGGGAAUCAGCUUAAUAGUGACUGCAGUAAUGUCCCCAUCAUACAAGCCCUGCAAAGAGGUGUGAGAGUAAUUGAAUUGGAUAUAUGGCCAAAUUCCAAGAAAGAUGAUGUGGAUGUUCUUCAUGGAGGGACACUUACUGCUCCGGUGCAACUUAAAUUAUGUCUGGAGUCUAUCAAGGAGCAUGCUUUUUUUGCAUCUGAGUAUCCAGUUGUUAUCACCCUAGAAGACCACCUUACUCCAGAUCUACAGGCUAAAGUCGCUGGGAUGGUGACUCAAACAUUUGGAGAUAUCCUGUUUACUCCUGGCGCAGAAACCUUAAAGGAGUUCCCCUCUCCUGAAUAUCUGAAGAGACGGAUUAUCAUUUCAACCAAGCCACCAAAAGAAUACCUCGAGGCCAAAGAAGCUAAGGAAAAAGAGGAUGUUCCUCAAAAGGGUAACGGUGCAGCUGAUGAAGAAGCAUGGGGCAAAGAAGUUCCAAACCUUAAAGGUGUGGACCGUGUGACUAGUACUGUUGACAAGGAUGAUUCAGAUGGAUGUAACAACAAUGAUGAAGAUGAUAAGUCCCAGCAUUAUGCAGCACCAGAGUAUAAGCAUUUAAUUGCUAUUCAUGCUGGGAAGCCCAAAGGUGGACUAAAGGAAUGUUUGAAGGUGGAUCCUGAUAAAGUGAGACGUCUUAGCUUAAGUGAGCAACAGCUUGAAAAGGCUGUAGAAACUUAUGGAAAAGAUAUUGUCAGGUUUACUCAGCGAAAUAUUCUCAGGGUGUAUCCAAAGGGCAUUCGCGUUGACUCAUCAAAUUACAACCCACUUAUUGGUUGGUCACAUGGGGCUCAGAUGGUUGCAUUUAAUAUGCAGGGAUAUGGUAGGUCUCUCUGGUUGAUGCAUGGAAUGUUCAGAGCCAAUGGUGGGUGUGGCUAUGUUAAGAAACCAGAUUUUCUGUUGAAGGCUGGUCCUCAUAAUGAGGUCUUUGAUCCAAAUGUUAAUUUACCUGUGAAAAGAACUUUGAAGGUGAUCGUUUAUAUGGGCGAAGGAUGGUAUUACGAUUUUCAUCACACUCACUUUGAUGCAUAUUCCCCUCCAGAUUUUUAUGCAAGAGUAGGGAUUGCUGGAGUUCCAGCCGAUACUGUAAUGAAGAAAACAAAGACCCUAGAGGACAACUGGAUACCUGCUUGGAAUGAGGAGUUCGAGUUCCCCCUAACUGUUCCAGAACUCGCGUUGCUUCGGAUUGAAGUUCAUGAGUAUGACAUGUCCGAAAAGGAUGACUUCGGAGGCCAAACAUGCUUACCUGUUUCAGAGCUACGAAGGGGGAUUCGUGCAGUUCCACUCCAUAACCGCAAGGGAGAGAAGUACAACUCCGUGAAGCUCCUUAUGCGUUUCGAGUUCAGUUGAUGUUAUUAUUAGUUCUUUACCGGAAGAUCUGGGAGAGAUGUACAAAGUUGUGAAGCUACUAUGAAUUUGAUUGUCUAUGUUGUUCUGAGCUUGUUUGUCGUUCAUGUAUACAUAAAUGGCACUGCUCUAAAUAUUAUGUAUUGCUGCUAUAUGUUUGAGCUGCCAACGUUUUGUGCUGUAAUAAUUAAUACUGUAUAAAAUGUGACGAGAUUCUUGGCUCCAU